CUCUCUCUCUCCCUCUCUCUCUCUCUAUCUCUCUCACCCUUUCUCUCUAUCUCUCCCUCUCUCUCUCUAAAAUUUGAGCAACUACUCUCUUAAAUUUGAUCAAACCCCAUCUCCAAACAAAGCCAGAAAUCUCAUUCUCUCUCAUCAUCUCUCUCUCUCUCAUCCAAAAUCUUAGGUUUAAGAAGAAGGAGAGGAGGAAGAAGAAGAAGAAGAAAAAAUGGAGCUUUUUCCAGCUCAACCAGAUUUGUCUCUUCAAAUAAGCCCUCCAAAUUCCUCAACAAAUUCAAAGCCCUCUUCCAAUGGCGGCUGGAGAAGGCAACAUCCCAUUUCUUCUAUGCCUUCUCAAAACCCUUUAGAUUUGGUCUCUUGGAACAAUAAAUUGCCUUCUACUAACCCUUCUUCUUCUUCUUCUUCUAAUUUUGACCCUUCUCCUCUUCUUUCUAACCCUAAUUCCUCUUCCGAUUUCCUCCACCGCCAUUUCCCCACCGCUACCGCUGUGAAUGGUGGCGGCGCUGGAACUGGUGGCCUCUUCCACCGCCAUCUCCAUGAUCUUCACCAUCAAGGGCUUGGAUUCUUGAGACCCAUUAGGGGAAUUCCGGUUUAUCAAAACUCUCCUUCUUCUUCCUCUUCCUCGUCCUUUUCGUACCCGAUAUUUGGUGGCGGUGGUAACGGUGGCGGUGGCGGUCAGUUUAAUUAUAACGCCGCCCAUCGAUCAAGGUUCUUGGGGAGGUUUCCGACUAAACGGAAUGUCCGAGCGCCGAGAAUGCGGUGGACCACCACUCUACAUGCUCGUUUUGUUCAUGCUGUUAAGCUUUUGGGUGGCCAUGAAAGAGCAACACCAAAAUCAGUUCUUGAGCUUAUGGAUGUCAAAGAUCUCACCUUGGCUCAUGUCAAGUCCCAUUUGCAGAUGUAUAGAACUGUGAAGACCACUGAUAGAGCAGCUUCUUCUGGGAAUUCUGAUGUUUACGAUCAAAAUGGGUCAUCUAGAGAUACGACAAAUGAAGACAUAACGUAUGAAAACGAGAAGUCGUCGAGAAUUAGGUCGAGUGUUCCAACUACUGAUGAUGAGCAUGGAUAUCGAGAAACCGUUGGAGACAAACAAGAUCAUCAACAUCAUCAUCCUCAUAAGGACUUCUAUUCUCUAUGGAGCAAUUCUUCGAGAGAAGCUUUGCUCCAAGGCACAAAAAAUCAUUCCUUUGAAAACCAACCCUCUCAGCAUGAUCAGAGUUAUUUAGAAGCGAAAUGUUCGAGCCACGAAAGAACAUCAGAUGGAAGCUCAUUGACAAAUCUUUCAGCUGGAACAAGUCCCGAAAAGCCAAAUUUGGAGUUCACGUUAGGACGAUCAAUUUGAAAUUAUUCAAAAAAAUGUAAAAAUAUAUAUAAAAAAAUCAUUAUUUUAUUUUAUUUUUCUC